UCUUUCUUUCUUUCUUUCUUUCUUUCUUUCUUUCUUUCUUUUUCUUUCUUUCCAUCCUGGAGUUCGGAUUUACCUCCUUGAGUUGCCCUCUGACAGAAGAACUAGCAUGUCCCUGCUCCAUCGCCUGAUUUGUUACCUGCAGGAUGCCGAGAAAGUUGCCAGUUUCCAAAAACUCUGUGGUGUAGAAGCACCACCAGACUGGAGGUCUGUCUCCCCUGCUCAGACGGUGGACACAGAGCACCCCUUGGCCAACGGGACCUGCACCGCUGCCAAGACCCAGGGUGAAAGUGGCAGGUGGCACGUGUCCCCAGACUCUUCCAACGCGGAGGAGAAACGGGACGAGAGCCACUCAAAUGGUAGGAAGAAUGGGAUGGUUUCUGAAGACACCUGUGGGGUGGGAUCGCAGCCAGCAUCCCUGGAAAAGCGGAAGAAAUGGGUCUCAAAAAGCCACCCUCGCCGCAACUCUCUAACUGGAGAAACCAUAUUGCAGAAGUUCAGAAUCCGUAAUUUUUUCCUUUAUUACCUCUUCAGCUUUGGCACAGAACUGGGCAAUGAACUUUUCUACACCAUUUUUUUCUCCUUCUGCAUCUGGAAUGUGGAUGCUUGGCUGGGCAGGAGACUCAUCAUCAUUUGGGUUUGGAACAUGUUUUUGGGCCAGUGCACCAAGGAUAUUAUCCGUUGGCCAAGGCCUGCUUCUCCCCCAGUAGUGAAGCUGGAGGUUUUCUACAAUUCUGAAUACAGCAUGCCCUCAACUCACGCCAUGGCAGGCACGGCUAUUCCCCUGUCAUUAUUUCUACUCAGUUAUGGACGGUGGCAGUAUCCUUUCAUGUAUGGGCUGAUUCUCACAAUUUGCUGGUCUUCUCUGGUUUGUUUCAGUCGAGUAUAUAUGGGAAUGCAUACAAUUCUGGAUGUUAUUGCUGGUUUUCUUUAUGCUCUUCUCAUCUUGGCUGUCUUCCUUCCAACUGUGGAUCUAGUAGAUAAUUUCAACUUAACAUUCAGAUAUGCGCCACUAGUCAUCAUCAGUCUUCAUCUUGUCUUGGGGGUGUUUUCCUUCACUCUAGACACCUGGAGCACAUCCCGAGGAGAUACAGCUCAGAUCCUGGGCAGCGGUGCUGGAGUUGCCUGUGGCUCCUAUGCUACCUAUUGUCUGAAUCUAAUGCCAGAUCCUUCACAAGAAAUGCUUCCGUUAGUUCCUUCACUCACCUUAAAUCUCUUUGGAAAGGCUGCCCUGCGAUUAUUGAUUGGAUUAGUUUUUCUGUUGCUGGUCCGAAUGAUAAUGAAGCAAGUCACCAUCCCACUGGCCUGUAAAAUCUUUGGUAUUUCUAAUGCAGAUGUUCGAGAAGCCCGACAGCAUAUGGAAGUUGAACUACCUUACCGCUAUGUUACUUAUGGAGCAAUGGGAUUCUCAGCGACUUUCUUGGUUCCUUCCUUAUUUUGGCUAAGUGGACUGUCCUCAUGUUAGUGUUUUCUUCAUAGGGAAACAGUGAUGGACAGUUGAUCUAUGCGAGAGAUGGUAUACUUUUUGAGAAGUGCUAUGAUAUUGCCUCUGCGAAAAUUAUAUGUGGCAGGCAGUGAGCUCAAAUCUUUGAUCCUGGUUAAAAACCUUUUAGAUUCAGAUCCUUGAGAAAUGCCAUAUGUAGUCUUACCAUUGGAACAACAUUAUAAACAGCAAAUGGGUUUAUGUAUAUGCAUAAAUACGCUUCAAACUAUAAAUGCACCAUCUUCUCUCUAUUUAAAUCUGUUAAAGCAGUUAUGUUUACAGCUGAUCCAGAAGCUCUGUCUAUGGUCAAUUAAAGCCAUGUCAUAUCCCUCAGCCACAAAUGGCUAUAUUGUAACGAAAAAUCUUUUUUUCCCCCUUCCCAUAUACACACCUAUUUUUUACACACAGGAAGCAAGCUAUAAACCUAAUAAACCUAAAAUUUAAUGAAACUUGGCUUACAGCACCUGAUAGCUUUAGAGCCUUUUCUGUACUCCAUAUUUUUAAUUUGUGAACACAAACCACUUAUUUCAUGUACUGUAUUGCCUGAUAAUUGUGCCUUUCUGUUGGAAUGCACCACAUACUGUGGGAUACAUACACGCACAACUACUAUAAAGUAGUAAAAACAUAGUCUAAAUUAGGUAGAUAUUUUAAAAUGUAGGCUGCAACAUGAUUAAUAAAAAUAAUUUUUAUUAUGUAAACUAAAACCUUUAUUUGGGGCUCACCCACUUUAAUCCACAUUCUAAUACUUUAAUUGAUAUUUUUAAGUGUAAUAUACUGUAUGUUAUUGGAAAGAGUACAUUUUCCCGAUUCUAUUUUUUUAAUUAGGCUUUAAUUAUAUCUGAAAUUAAUGCAAUGUUAAAUUAUAUUUUAACAUAAUUUUUCUUGGUUUCAAAUGAAGUCAUAUUCGUAACAAUGGUGGCUUUAAUAAGAAACAUAUACACUUGUACUGUUGCAUUGUAUUUCCCAUGCUGUUAGAUCAGUUAUCAUCAAAUUGUGAAGGAGGUUCUUUUGUCCUUUUGUGUUUGGAUACUCCUCCACAAAAUAAUCAAAUGUAUUAUGGUAUUAAUUACAUCUAAGGCCAUGUAGCCUAUUAUUUCUGAUCAGUGACAUCCUGUCUAAACAAAAACUAGUGAGGGAAAACCUUUAUUUUUCUUGUGACAUAAUGGCAUCUGACAUGGUCUUUGUUGUCCUAGAGAUCUCUGGAGAUCAGCAGGGCAGAUCGAAGAAGGGUAAACAGAAGGAGGAAAAGCAGAAAGAGAGUGUAUUCUCUCAUAUGUCUGACUCUGUAUUAUACCAGCAAAAUUAAAACACUCUUCACAGUUAUAUAAUGUACAGAGAAUACAUUAAGGGGAUUGAUGUGCUCCAGUAUAUGUGUUGUUUACAUACUUCUUAUGCCCUUGUAAACUUCAUUUAUGGAUGCUUCUACUAGGGCUAUACAGCAAUCCAGAUUCAGAGGGCAAAUGAUCAUUUAUUACAUGUGGGACAUGCAUGGAGCACAUGAUGGAAAUCCAUUAAAUCAAAUGCACUUUUUCCUGGGAUUACACGGCAUCUGUGAAAGGCACUUUGCUUGAGCCCAAUGACACACAGUGUCUUGAACUGUUCUAAACAGGAAUUCCAAAUCCUAUUUUGCUUUUUGAAUAUGUAGGGCUGCACAGACCUUAUCUCUAUUCCCAGCUGUCCAAAAAGUGCCUACUGUGUACAUUGUACACAUGGAGAAUAUAGACAGGCAAAUGAUCAUGUAUGGUAAAGGCA